AUGGAUGCCGCCGCCCCCGCCCCCGCCCCCGCCGCCGGGCCUUCCUUCUCCGGCGCCGAGUCGUCCGCGGCCGCCGCCCAGCCGUCGACGACCGGCGCCCAGCAGCCGCCGGUGGAUCCGCAGGCGCACGUGCCCGUGCAGGGCGCCGGCAGCGGCAGCGGCGUCGCGCGAGGCUGCCGCCACCACGCGUACAGCCGCAAGCAGAAGUCGCUCGGCCUUCUCUGCUCCAACUUCGUGGCGCUGUACGACCGGGAGGACGCGGAGGUGAUUGGGCUGGACGACGCGGCCAAGCGGCUCGGCGUCGAGCGCCGCCGGAUCUACGACAUCGUCAACGUUCUCGAGAGCGUUGGGAUUCUUGUGCGCAGGGCGAAGAAUCGGUAUACAUGGCUCGGAUUCGGAGGAGUCCCUGCUGCGCUGAAAGAUCUCAAGGAGAGGGCAUUAAGGGAGAUGUCUGGAUCACCAGUGUUACUGCCAAUGGAGGACUCCUCUACUGCCAACUUAUCAGAUGAUGAGGAUGAUGAUAAAUUGGGCGAUGUUGAUGAAGAUGCCGAGAGUGAGAAACUCAGCCAGUCUGUCGACAAUACUUCUGAUAAGCCUGACGCACCCAGCUGCCGCCUUAGAUCUGAUCAUCGGAAGGAGAAGUCCCUCGGGCUCCUCACUCAGAAUUUUGUCAAGCUCUUCCUCACCAUGGAGGUUGAGACAAUCUCACUUGACGAAGCUGCAAAGCUUCUCCUUGGAGAGGGACAAGCAGAGAGCAACAUGAGAACCAAAGUUCGUCGGUUGUAUGACAUUGCCAAUGUCCUGUCUUCUUUGAACCUCAUUGAGAAGACGCAACAAGCAGACACAAGAAAACCUGCAUUCCGGUGGCUAGGCCAGGAAAAGCGAAAGCAAGAGAACAAUGUCAUGGUUGCUCUACCUCCAUCCAGGAAGGCAAUGCCCAAUAAGAGAGCAUUUGGUACUGAUCUUACAAACAUUGACAAUAAGCGAAGCAAGUUAGACUCGACAGCAGAGAACAAAGUCAAGCUCGUGCAGGGUGCUGGCAACAUAGUGAAGACUUUUGAGAGGCAGCUGGGGCAAGAGAAAAGGAGUGACUUUGUUUAUGGGCCCUUCCACCCUGCUAGUGCAAAGAAACAGGAAACUGAUGAUCAAACCGUUAAGCAGCAGGAGAGGAAGACCAUUCAGGACUGGGAAAAUCUUGCUGUGUCGUUCCGUCCACAAUAUCAGAAUCAAGGUAAUUGGAUUGAAUUUACACCACUUUUUGUUGCUGCAGCCCUGAACGAUCUUUUUGGUCAUUAUGUGGACGCAUGGAAAUCAUGGUACUUGGACCUUACCCGGGAAACGAGAUCAUGA